ACAACCGGAGGAAUGGACGGGAAGAUUGUCAACAACGAUGUCAGGAUCAGGUCGCAUGUUGUGGGAACUUACAGAGGUCACACUGGAGAGAUUUGUGGACUCAAGUGGUCAGGUUCUGGAAUGCAGCUUGCUAGUGGUGGCAACGAUAAUGUGGUUCACGUAUGGGAUCUCUCUUCUGCGUCUUCGAGAUGGCUGCACAGGCUUGAGGAACAUACUUCUGCCGUGAAAGCUCUUGCUUGGUGCCCCUUCCAAUCGAAUUUGCUUGCAACUGGUGGUGGUGGAACAGAUGGGGCGAUCAAGUUCUGGAACACUCACACCGGAGCUUGCUUGAACUCUGUAGACACAGGAUCCCAAGUGUGUGCUUUGUUGUGGAGCAAGAAUGACAGAGAGUUGCUUAGCUCACAUGGGUUUUCUCAGAACCACCUUGCACUUUGGAAGUACCCAUCCUUGGUGAAAAUGGCUGAGCUCACUGGCCAUACAUCAAGAGUUCUGUAUAUGACACAGAGUCCUGAUGGCUCUACCGUUGCUUCAGCUGCAGGAGACGAGAGUUUGAGGUUUUGGGAUGUUUUUGGAAUGCCAGAGACUGCCAAAAAACCUGUUCAGAAAGCAGCCCAUGAGCCAUUUUCUCGCGUGCCUCGUAUCCGUUGAAACUGUCAUAACAACAAGCCAUUAAUCGUUACAGAAGUGCUUUGAAUAAAAGGAACGACAAUCAUACAGAGAUCAAAGUUGUCCACUAUAUUGUAUAUAGUAAACUUCCAGGCGAACUAGACUCUCAAGAAACGAUUUCACGCCAACCUACUAAGGACAAAUCACUACAAAUUCGAGUGAGAUAUUCUCAAAUCACAUAAAGUUACCGUCUACAAAUGACUCCAGAUGCAAUGCAACAGUUUCCAAAAACAGGCAAAGGAGGCAGAGCAGAAUGGUAAAGUAUCAACAAGCAGUAUAGCCUAGCCUACUUUUGAAAUUUUAUUUGUUGUUGUUGCGGAAAGCUCAGAAAUGCCACAGAUUCAUUUUUCAAAGCUACAUGAUAUAAACAAAGGUCAAUAAAAAGAAUCCCAAAGGAUUCACCAUUGAUCAUCC